CUCCCGCUGCUCCGUUGUGAUCCGCAACCGCCGCCGCGGUUUAAACACCCCCGCGCGCCGCUAUUGGCCAGCGCGGCUGUCACUCAGCUGGUGCCACUUUCCCAUUGGACAGGCGCUCCGCGGGGCCGCACCCACGGCGCCGCCAUUGGCCGUCAGAGAGACGCGGAGAAGCAGGCAGAAGAUGGCGGCGGGAAGAUGCGCGGCGAGGCGCUGUUGGCGGAGCGGUGUGGAGCUGGCCCGGGCGGUGCGUGGCGUCUGCGGGAGCGGGCGGGUGAUGGCGGCUCUGCGGGCGGAGGAGCUGGCGGAGCGGCUGCGGAAGAGCGAGGAACAACAGCGAGAGAUCCCCAAGGACCCGGUGCAGCGCUGGCUCCGGGAACUCGCUGCACUGAGCCAGCAGCUGCAGCAGGUUCACCCCAAUGUUCUGGCCAAGAUCCUGAAGCAGAGAACUGUAUACCAGAAUGAGGAGAUUGUGGUGAUAGACAAACCCUACGGGCUCCCUGUGCACGGCGGCCCUGGCAUCAAGAACUGCAUCGCUGAUGUGCUGCCCAUUUUGGCCAAGAUGCUGGAGAACAUGAAAGCUGACCCCCUCCACCUCUGCCACCGGUUGGACAAAGAGACCACGGGUGUGAUGGUGCUGGCACGGAGCAAGGAGGCAGCGGAGAAGAUCCGUCUGCUCUUCAAAACCCGUCAGGUGGAGAAGAUCUACUGGGCAGUUGUCCUGGGGGACCCGGACCCUGUUGAAGGCGUUGUGGAGAUCCCCAUUGUGGAAAAGGAGGUGCAGAGCCACCAGUCCCACUACAAGAUGACGCUUGCUCCCAACUACCGCCUGUGUCCGGAGAACGGGAAGGUGAUGAAAAUCCGCAGGAACCGGAACGCUGAGAGAGCGGUGACCCGGUACCGCCGGCUGGCCGGGGCCUCCGCCUGCUCACUGCUGGAGCUCCAGCCCAUCACUGGGGUGAAGCACCAGAUCCGGGUUCACCUGGCCUAUGGCUUGGGAUGCCCCAUCCUGGGGGAUCACAAAUACUCGCACUGGAGCAAACUGGCACCCCAGAAGCUUCCUGAGCUCACCCUGAAGAGGCUGAAGCUGGAGCAGAGCAAGGCUCGGCACCUGCCCCUGCACCUGCACGCCCACCGGCUCUGCCUGCCCCUGGGCCAGCCCUUAGACUUUGUCUGCAAGCCACCCCUCUUCUUCCAAAAAACCCUGAGGAAGCUAGAACUGGACAUCCCUAAGGACUGAUGAGCAGGACUGGAAUGGUGCUAUGUAUCUCCACAUCUCCGGCACAUGGCAGCAGCUGUGCCCACCUUGGGGCCAAUGGUGGGGUGAAGCCUGCAGUCUCUGCUGAUGCUGAUGUUGCUGGAUUCAGAUUGGGUGCCUAUAUGUGCUUCUGGCCCAGGGAAGCAGCUGAACACGCUGAAGAGGAGAUGAACAAGGCUGGGUGGAAGUUGGGCUUUGCUUGAUAUGUGUUUUGAACUUGUCUCCAGGCAAUAAAAGCUCCAGUUCCCUUGA